AUGACUUCGGUAGUGCGGGCUGGGCAUUUGGCCCCAUAUUUCAAGGCGACCUCAUCUGUGGUCUCUAAUGGCCUCAAGCCUGUUACCUCGGUGCACGUACCUUCUGACAAGGUGAUCGUACAUCCUCAACGUAAAACGUCUACUGUUCAGUCGUUGCAUGGAUCUUUACCGAUUCAAGGCUUGAAGGCUAGUGUAAACGGCCGUGGACCAAGUCAAGUUCGGUUCGCUCAUACGGAUAUCGCUAUCCCCGACUUCUCAGCAUAUCGUCGCAAGGAAACCACGGACCCUACCUCUAAGAAUGCUGAGAGCAGCGAUGGACGCCAAUCGUUCACCUACCUUAUCGCUGGAGCGGGUGGUGUCGCUGGUGCCUAUGCCGCCAAGUCUGUAGUUACACAGUUUGUGUCCUCCAUGGCUGCCGCAGCUGAUGUUUUGGCAUUGGCCAAGAUUGAGAUCAAGUUAUCUGACAUCCCAGAAGGAAAGUCAGUCACCUUUAAGUGGCGUGGAAAGCCUUUAUUCAUUCGUCACAGAACCGAAAGCGAAAUCGCAACUGAGAAGGCCGUAUCCAUCGACCAGCUCCGCGAUCCCGAAGCUGACGAGCAACGCACUCAACAGCCCAAAUGGUUAGUCGUCAUUGGAGUAUGCACCCACUUGGGUUGCGUACCCGUUGCCAACGCCGGUGACUUCGGUGGCUACUACUGCCCCUGCCACGGUUCUCACUACGACGCCUCUGGCCGCAUUCGUAAAGGCCCCGCACCCCUCAACCUGGAAGUACCCCCCCACACUUUCGCCGAGGAGGGUAUACUAGUUGUAGGCUAA